GGUGGUGGCCUGGGAGAGUGACAGCAGGGGACACUGGCAGGGCUGGGCUGGGCUGCAGGGAGCCUCUGGGGGCAACCCUUUGCCCCACACUCUGCCCUCCAAACUUAUUUCCUUCUUCUCAAGGGGGCAAAAAUGAGCUGCUCCUGUCUUCUAGAAGUCCCUCUCUGUCUACUUCAAGUGUGUACAAAUCCAGGUAGUCAAGAUGCCUCACGGUAAGCAAACCCGAGUCCUUCUCCUCAACGACAUGGAAAAACUGGACAAGACCCUCUUCCGGCUGGAACAAGGUUUUGAACUACAGUUCCGGCUUGGCCCUACCUUACAAGGCAAGCAUGUUGACGUGUAUUGUAACUAUCCAGCUGCUGGAGAAGCGUUUGAUAGACACAAGUUCAGAUGCCUAUCUUGGCACAACCCAACAGGAAAAGAAGAUGAUUCUGACAAAUACUGUAAACUAGAUCUCCAGAUAUCUGGAUCUUACCAGUAUUAUUUUAGCCACGAAAAUCAGAAAAGUGGGGGAGGCUACAUAGUUGUGGAUCCUCUUUUGCGUGUUGGUGCUGACAAUCAUGUAUUGCCCUUGGACUGUAUUACACUACAGACUUUCUUAGCUAAGUGUCUGGGACCGUUUGAUGGAUGGGAAGAUCGUCUUAAAGUCUCAAAGGAAUCUGGGUACAACAUGGUUCACUUAACACCAGUGCAAAAACUUGGUCAGUCUAGGUCAUGUUACUCUUUGGCUGACCAGCUGGAAGUAAAUCCUGAUUUUUCAACUCCUAAUAAAAAAUGUUCUUGGAAUGAAAUUGGAAAAUUAGUGGAAAAAAUGAAAAAUGAAUGGAAUAUGCUUUGCAUUACAGAUGUAGUCUACAAUCACACGGCUGCAAACAGUGAAUGGAUAACUCAACAUCCAGAAUGUGCUUAUAAUCUUGUUAAUUCUCCUCACUUGAAGCCAGCCUGGCUUUUGGACCGAGCCCUUUGGCAUUUAACCUGUAGAGUGGCAGGUGGCAAAUAUAGUGAUAAAGGGGUGCCCACAUUGAUUGAAAAUGACCAUCACUUGAAUUCUAUUCGUAAAAUCAUUUGGGAGGAAAUUUUUCCCAAGAUAAGAUUGUGGGAGUUCUUUCAAGUAGAUGUUAACAAGGCAGUGCAGCAAUUUAAAACCCUCUUAACACAAGGUGGCUCAAAAGUCAAAACAGAUGCCAGCCAACAUCUUGCAGUCAUCCAGGAUCCUGAAUUUAAGAGACUUGGCUGUACUGUGGAUAUGAAUGUUGCACUGAACACUUUUAUACCUCAUAGCAAUGGGCCCACGGCAAUAGAGGAGUGCUGUAACUGGUUCCGCAAGAGAGUGGAAGAGCUAAAUGGUGAAAUGUACCGACAAACAAAUUACCAUCACGAGCAGGCGGUUAACUGCUUUGUGGGGACAGUGAGCUAUGAACGACUGGCUGCUCAUGGACCUAAGCUAGGUGCAGUAACUAGAAAGUAUCCUUUAGUUACAAGAUAUUUUACAUAUCCAUUUAAAGAGCUAACUCUGGAGGAGGAGGAAGUUAUGAUGCAUCAGCCUGACAAAGCAAGUUACUUUAUGGCCCACAAUGGUUGGGUAAUGGGAGACGAUCCUCUGAGAAAUUUUGCUGAACCAGGAUCAAAUGUUUACCUGAGGAGAGAGCUUAUCUGCUGGGGUGACAGUGUCAAAUUACGUUAUGGGAACAAACCAGAGGAUUGUCCAUAUCUUUGGGCACACAUGAAAAAAUAUACUGAAAUUACUGCCAAGUAUUUCCAUGGAGUACGUCUGGAUAAUUGCCACUCAACACCUCUUCAUGUAGCUGAGUUCAUGAUGGAUGCAGCUAGAAAAUUGCGGCCCAACUUGUAUGUAGUGGCUGAACUGUUCACUGGGAGUGAGGAGCUGGACAAUGUCUUUGUGAAUAAACUGGGCAUUAGCUCUUUAAUAAGAGAGGCAAUGAGUGCAUACAACAGUCAUGAAGAGGGAAGGUUAGUGUAUCGCUUUGGAGGAGAGCCAGUUGGGUCUUUUGUUCAGCCACGUUUGAGGCCCUUAACACCUGCUAUUGCUCAUGCACUGUUCAUGGACAUUACACAUGAUAAUGAAUGUCCAAUUCAGCAUCGAUCUGCUUAUGAUGCCCUUCCCACCUCAACCAUUGUCUCCAUGGCCUGCUGUGCUACAGGGAGCACUAGAGGAUAUGAUGAACUGGUUCCACAUCAGAUUUCUGUGGUUGAUGAAGAGCGCUUUUAUCCAAAGUGGAAUCCAGCAGCAACACCUUCAACACCUGGUGAAGUCAAUUUCAAAACCGGAAUUAUAGCAGGAAGGCUGGCUAUCAACAGAUUACAUCAAGAAUUGGGAACAAAAAGUUUUAACCAGGUAUUUGUAGAUCAAGUUGAUGAGGAUAUUGUGGCUGUGACAAGGCAUUGUCCUAACACUCAUCAGUCUGUUGUAGCUGUUUCCCGAACAGCUUUCAGAAAUCCCAAGACAUCCUUCUAUAGCCAAGAAGUUCCACAGAUGUGUAUUCCAGGGAAGAUUGAAGAAGUUGUUCUUGAGGCUAGAACUGUUGAGAGAAAUGCUGGCCCUUAUAAAAAAGAUGAACAUGCAAUCAAUGGAUUGCCUGACUAUACAGUUGAGCUCCGAGAACACAUCCAGCUCACAGAAAGUAAGAUCAUACGGCAAGCUUCAGUUGCUACAAAAGGCCCUAAUGAAUUUGUUCAAGAAAUAGAAUUUGAAAGUCUAACUCCAGGGAGCGUAAUUAUAUUCAGAGUUAGCCUUGACCCGAAGGCACAAGAUGCUGUAGGAGUACUCCGUAAUCACCUGAUCCAGUUCAGCCCUCACUUUAAAUCUGGAAGUCUUCCUGAUGAUGGUUCCGAGUCUAUACUCAAAACACCCUUCUUAAACAUUGCAUCAAAAUUAACCUUAGCAGACCUGAAUCAAGUAUUAUAUCGCUGUGAUUCUGAGGAGCAAGAAGACGGUGGAGGAUGUUACAACAUACCAAACUGGACACCGCUGAAAUAUGCCGGCCUUCAAGGUAUAAUGUCAGUGAUGGCAGACAUUCGACCAAACAAUGAUUUGGGGCAUCCUUUCUGUGGUAACUUGCGAGCUGGAGAUUGGAUGAUUGAUUAUGUGAGUGAUCGCUUAAUAUCCCGUCCUGGAGUCUGCUCUGGAGUUGGAAAGUGGCUGAAAGCAAUGUUUAUCUACUUGAAACGAAUUCCUCGUUACCUCAUUCCAUGUUACUUUGAUGCCAUAUUAGUUGGUGCUUAUACAACACUUCUUGACUUGGCUUGGAAACAAAUGUCUAACUUUGUUCAGAAUGGCUCAACGUUUGUUAAGCAUCUUUCCUUGGGGUCAGUCCAGAUGUGCGGAAUAGGAAAAUAUCCUUCUCUGCCCCCUCUGUCUCCAGCUUUAAAGGAUGUUCCUUAUCGUCUGAAUGAAAUUACAAAAGAAAGAGAACAGUGCUGUGUUUCCUUAGCAGCUGGUUUACCUCAUUUUUCUUCUGGAAUUUUCCGCUCCUGGGGAAGAGACACCUUCAUUGCGCUGAGGGGCCUGAUGCUAGUUACAGGACGUUACUUGGAAGCAAGAGACAUCAUUUUAGCAUUUGGAAGUACCUUAAGGCAUGGCCUCAUUCCCAACUUGCUUGGCCAGGGGACUCAUGCCAGAUUCAAUUGCCGCGAUGCUGUGUGGUGGUGGCUACAGUGCAUACAAGACUACUGCAACUUCAUUUCAAAUGGCACUGACAUACUCAAGUGUCCUGUAUCCAGAAUGUACCCUACAGAUGACUCCCCUCCUCUGCCACCAGGCCAAAAGGACCAACCACUAUAUGAAUUGAUACAGGAAGCUAUGCAGAGACAUAUGCAAGGCAUAGAUUUCCGAGAAAGGAAUGCUGGUCCACAGAUAGAUCGCAAUAUGAGAGAUGAAGGUUUUAAUGUGACUGCAGGUGUGGAUAUGGAAACUGGCUUUGUCUAUGGAGGGAAUCGUUUUAAUUGCGGUACAUGGAUGGAUAAGAUGGGAGAGAGUGACAGAGCUCGCAACAGAGGUAUUCCAGCAACUCCAAGAGAUGGUUCUGCAGUAGAAAUUGUUGGUUUAUGCAAAUCAACAGUUCGCUGGUUGUUGGAGUUGUCCAAGAAGAAAAUAUUCCCUUAUUCUGGAGUUACUGUGAAAAGACAUGGGAAAGAAGAGACUGUUACUUAUGAUGAAUGGAACAGAAAAAUCCAGGCCCACUUUGAAAAACUGUUCUUUGUCUCUGAGAACCCAUCAGAUCCCAAUGAGAAACAUCCCACUCUGGUUCAUAAGCGGGGCAUAUAUAAAGACAGCUAUGGAGCAUCAAGUCCUUGGUGUGACUAUCAGCUAAGGCCAAAUUUCCCUAUAGCAAUGGUUGUGGCACCUGAAAUGUUUUCUAUUGAGCGUGCUUGGAAAGCACUUGAAAUGUUGGAACACAAGCUACUUGGUCCACUUGGCAUGAAAACUUUAGACCCAGAUGAUAUGGUUUACUGUGGUGUAUAUGACAAUGCCUUGGACAAUGAUAACUACAAUGUGGCUAGAGGAUUUAAUUACCAUCAAGGACCUGAAUGGCUUUGGCCUAUUGGAUAUUUCCUUCGUGCCAAGUUAUACUUCUCCAAAUUAGUUGGUCCAGAGGUCUAUGCAAAGACCGUAUUUUUGGUUAAAAAUGUUCUUUCUCGCCAUUACGUACAUCUUGAAAGAUCCCCUUGGAAGGGCCUUCCAGAACUGACUAAUGAAAAUGGUCAAUAUUGCCCUUUCAGCUGUGAAACACAGGCCUGGUCAAUUGCUGUGAUCCUUGAGGUUCUCUAUGACCUGUAAAAACAAUUAUCUGUCUUCAGAACACAUAUAUACACACACUGUUAGCUCUUGUCCUGAAUGCAAAUAACUGCGCUUCUCCUGUAGUUGAUGUCCUGCUUUUCAAAAUAGUUUUUGCCUGCACUUCCCAAACACUUGUAGGAUCAUUGGCAGGGGGAAGCAGAAGGAGUCCAUUCUUCAACAACUACACCAUGCAUGUUUUUAAAUUUCAUAAAGUGAGGCCAGAUCUUACUAGAGUGGGCCCAUAGAAUCAAUGAGAUUUUUAUGUAAGUGUUGACCGCAAACUUCAACAAUUGUUUCUGGUCGCUCUGUUUGGAGCUAACAGUGACAUUAUGGCCUGGCAGUUAAAGUGCCAUCAUUGAGAAUAUACUGUACUUAAAUAUUUUUAGAGCAACGGUUAUAUGAAAUCUUAUAUAGUGACAAAUUUUAAAUGUAAAAUAUCUUGCAUGCAGCAAGAUUUUAUGGAACUCCUAGGUUAAUUUUCUUUUCCCAAGAUUUUGCCACAGAACCUUGAUUAUGAGAACAAGUAGAAGGAAGAGAAGGCCAAACUAGCCAUGUUUAACUCUAGACCUGCCACAGUAAUGUAGAAAUUGAAGGGCAAGGGGAUCGUGUUUAGCAGAAGGAGCAUACAGAUGAGGAGUGUGAAAGCCUCACACAAAACUGCCAUUGUCUACAGGCCCUCCUGCCUGCAAAUUCCAGUAUCUGAGCCUAGCUAAAAGAGCAGUGUCAUCAGAAGACAACCAAUUUGGAGAACAAAAUUGAGGAAGCAAGACUUUGACUAAAAAGAGGGGAAGUAGGACAUUGUAUACAUAGUUCACGUGCCCUGUUUACUCUUUAAAAUGGACUGCCAAGGCUGCCCAAGCCGCCUUGUUUUAUCAGAUUGUCAAACUGAACUGCUGCAUCAAAAGAAAUCUCUAUUGCAAACCCUUUAGGGGUUGCUAUAAGGAUGAGAAGAAAGAAAAUGCUUUUUAGCAGGAAGUUCUCUAGAUUGCCAUUGUGUUCUGUGGAUUAUUGCAGGGAAUUGUAUGGCUUUCCAGUUGUUAUUGAACUGCAAUUCCCAACAGCCUUGCCAGCAUAACAGUGGUGAGGAAUGCUGGGAGAUACAGUUCAACCACAUGGAAAGGGCCUCAUAACCUUGGUCUAAUGAUUGUAUCUGGAACUCAGUAGCCUGUGCCAUUAUUUCAGUGCAAUUAAUUGACAACAGCCAGAUUAGACAAUAAUGUUGUCUUUUUCAGGUGGAAAGAGUAAGACAUGGCUUAAAUUGCAGUGUGGUGACAAUGCAGACUUUGCUGCCUAUUUUUAAUUUGUGUAUGUAAUAGUAAUGAUUUUAUAAUGUCCUUUCAUAAUUAAAUCACUGUUGUUGAACAUUUAUCUCUGAAAAAGAAAUAAAUAGUUGGUGGUUUAUAGAGGCAUGCAGUCAAACAGUUUAAAGAUAAUAUUGUACUGCAGCUACAUUGUGGUAUACUAAAAUACCAGCCUUUUAAAAGCUGGUGUUCAAUUUGUUCACACUGGUGCUUUGAUAUAAUGAAUAAUUUUAAAGAUCUUAGUGGUUGACACUUGCACUACUAUUUCUUUUAAUAAGCCUAAUUGUGUGAGCAAGUUCCACCUAAAUCAUUUGAAUGCUUUUUCAUUAAUAAAGAAUAAAAAUUUUCUGUAAAAACUUGGUUUUGACAUUCCUAACCAUUUCCAGUCAUAGUAACGAAGGGGCUAAUUAUGGUCCUAAGUAUCCAGUUUUCUUGUAGGCUUUUUUAUAACCUCAUUUACAAAUAGAUAACUAACCAUUUGUUGCUUUUUAAUGCCUCCUUACACACACAAAAGUUGUUAAAAUUCCCCACUAAAUUUUCUUAGUCAGUGAAUAUGUCCUCAUUAUAAUGCAUUAUUUUAUUUUAUUUUUUGUAAAAAUGGAACUUGCAGUGCUACUUCGCUUAAUGUGUCCCAUCAAACUCAGUAGGUUAUUCUUUUGGGUAGAUGUUUGUAGGUUUGCUCCGUUAUAUAUUUAGAAAAUGAACAAUUGAAUCUUAAUUAGCUUUCAUAAUAAGUUUCCCCCAUUCUAAAACGAUUGAAACCCUUUACUCAGCUUAGUUGCUGGCAGUAAAAACUAAAACAGGUAUCGGGAAAGUGCAGUUUGUGGCCUCAAGUUCCAAUUUUGCAACCCCAGAGUCUUCCUGGUGACUCCUGAAGCCUCCCAACCAACACAGAAAAUAAUCAUUUUCCACAUAAUUUGGGGAGGUUUGUUUUUGUUGUUGUUGUUGUUUUGCCUAAAAAACAGCCAAAAUGAGCCAACACUCGCCAUAAAUGUGGCAGUUAUAUCUCCCACCCUAGAGCGCCCCCCCCCCCCCCCCCCACCCAAAGGUUAAAAAAAUACCUAGCCAAAGAAUCACCCAAAAUGUGGCCAGAAGUGAUACAUCACUUCUGGUGCAGCUGGAAUGCAACAGUGUUGUUUGCAGGGGGAAAUCACGUGGGUGAAAAUUGGUCCCAACCCACACACAGUUGGCCACUCCUGCAGGUGCAGAUAUUUUUGAUCUCACAAUGCAACCCCACAAGAAACUCUUUUAAAACGAAUUCCGCCUCAGCCUUAAAGGCUGGUUUUGUAGUUGUUGUGUGCCUUCAAGACAUUUCUGACUUAUGACAACCCUUUCAUGGGGUUUUCUUGGCAAGAUUUGUUCAUAGGAGGUGGUUGUAAUUGCCUUUUCCUGAGGCUGAGAGCAUGUGACUUCCUCAAGGUCACCCAGUGGGCUUCAUGGCCGAGCUGGGAAUUGAACCCUGGUCUCCAGAAUAGUUCAACACUCAGCCACUAUGCCACACUUUCAUUAAUCAUGAGCCAAACAAAACAUGAAAGCCCACAAACAGAGUGGCCCACAGGUUUAUUCUUUCUUUCUCUCCAUCUCUCUUCAUUUCUAAGCAAUUGCUUUUCAGCCAAACCUCAAUGCCAAAAAUCACCUCAGGUGGAGUAACAGUAUUUGAAAAAUGUAGUUGUUAAAAAGAUGAGCAGGAGGGCCCAUUCAGUAGUGCAUGUGUGACUGUUGUUAAACUUUGAUUACUCACCACAUCUUUCUUUGUUGGUUGGGGCAUUUCUGGCCUUUUACUCUAGGUCUGAAGCAAGUCGGGUUUAUAUCAGCACGCCUUUGAAAACAAAGUUUAGAUACUUUUAAAAACUUCAGUCAUUGUACAGGUGUACCAAAUAGAUUUCCACAUAUUUUGGCAUUUUAGCAAGGCAGGUGGAAUUGAAUGGGGAAGUGUAUAUGUAUGUAAUAAUUGGUUCUUUCAUUGUUUUGAAGUUUUCUAAGUUGCACUGUCCUUUCUGCAAGCAGUAUAUAUUUCUCAUGCUAGCAGCUUUUAUACAAUAGUGCUAAAACAAUUUUAAGUGUAUGUAACUUCUGUAUCUGUAUGCAAAUAACUAUGAAAAGAUUUUUAAUGACAUAACAAAAAUAUGCAGAUGUUUAAAAUAUUAAUUAAUAUGCCUUAUUUGAAAAGCUAAGCACGAUGCUCUUAACAAUUGUGUCCUUCUAUUUCAUUGUCCUUUAUGAGUAUAGUGAACACGGCACUUUAAAAUAAAAAUGUCCAUUUUGGCAAUGAUCUCAGACAUUAAUAGUUUACUGUAGAAAUGAUAGCUAGAAACUAUGAGGAUUUUUUAAAAAAUUAAAAUAACAGACUUGAUAGUUGGGAAAUAUGAUUAUAUAUUACUCUUUACAACUUGUUCUGAUAGAAACAAUAAAGUUAACCAUACACCUGACAAAACUUUCUGUAGGCAGAUUGAACAAACUGAAUUGGCCCUCUUAUGGCAUAACUGCUACCAGUCAGUGUUUCAUUCUUUUGGUAGGGGAGCAAAGCCAUUUUAGCUGUCACAUAUAUACACAUUUGCCUGUUGUUUAUCUGUUGAAAGAGCUUUGUAACUUUCAUUUCAUUAGUAUCAAACUAGAAAACAAAAAUCCAAGGGCAGAUUAUGGGAAUGCUGCACGUUGCACAAUGAGGAAUGCAACUAUUGUACACACAAGUCCUGUGUUUUUGUCUGGUACAAUUAUUUUUGUUAUAUUGAUGAUAUUUUAAUGUAGUUAUCUGUGAGUGACAUUCAAUAAAGUCUAACAAAAGAUGCAA